CACUGCGCCACCAGGGAGGUCCCUGUUCUGUACUUUUAAAACUGAUUAUUGUUGGAAUUUUAGUGUGUUCCCAACUUUCUGUUAUCCUUGUGGCAUAUAUAUUUGAGUUCAAAGUUUUCUUGGCAAAGGAAGAGAAGAGAUGGGAAGGAGUGAAGGGGAAAUUAUCUCACGUACCUCAUAGCAAAACUUCCUAAAAAUUAUCUUUAUCCUUCUCUACAAAAUCCCAUACUUUAAGGCAGCUGUUCCUCUCUUUUCUUUUUCUCAUCUUGUCUCUGCAAAUACCCAUUCCUCUCCACUGCUAAACCUUGGUUCCCUUCCCUCUUCCCUUAAACCUUAAUCUUUUUUCCUACUUAAAAAUUAUAUCUUAACAGCUUUGUUAAGGUAUAAUUCACAUACCAUAAAAUCCACCCUUUUAUAAAACUGAGACAUAAUUCACAUUCCAUAAAACUCUGAAGUUUUUAUUUUAUUCACAGACUUGUGUAACCAUCACCGCUGUCUGAUUUCAGAACAUUUUCAUCACCCCCGAAAAGAACCUCCAUCCCCAUUAGCAGUCACUCCCCAUCUUCCAGUCCCUCAGUCCCUGGCAACCACCAUUCUACUUUUUGUUUCUGUGUAUUUGCCUAUUCUGGACAUUUCACGUAAAUGGAAUCAUAUAACAUCAUACAAAGAAGCCUUUUAUGACUGGCUUCUUUCACUUACCUUUUCGAGAUUCUGUCAUGCUGUAUGUAGCAUGUGUCAGUACUUCAUUCCUUUUAUCACUAAAUAAUAUUCCAUUAUGUAUACCAUAUGAAGUUUAUUUGUUCAUCAGUUGAUGAACAUUUGGAUUGUUCCCACUUUUCUGGCUACUGUGAAUAAUGCUGCUGUGAAUAUUUGUAUACAAGCUUUUGUGUGAACAUAUGUCUUCAUUUCUCUUGGGUAUACACCUAGGAGUAGAAUUUCUAAGUCAUAUGGUAACUCUAUGUUUAACAUUUUGAGGAACUGCCAGACUUUUUCCAAAGUGACUGCACUUUGUGGCUCGUGGCUCCAGCACUGUUUGAGGGUUGCAGUUUCUCCACAUCCUCACCAGCAUUUGUUAUUGCCUUUUAUCUUAGUGGGAAUGAAGUGGUAUCUCAUUGUGGUUUUUAUUUCUCUAAUGACUAAUAAUGUUGAACAUCUUUUCAUGUGCUUAUUAAUCAUUUGUAUGUCUUCUUUGGAGAAAUGGCUAUUCAAGUUCAGUUUUUAAUUGGGUUAUGUACUUUUUACUGUUGAGUUGUAAGAGUUCCUUAUAUAUUCUAGUCAGAAGUCUCUUAUCAGAUACACAAUUGGCAAAUAUUUUCUCUCAUUCUGUGAGUUGUCUUUUCACUUUCUUGAUGGUCUCCCUUGAGGCACAAAGGUUUUUGAUUUUUAUGAAAUCUACCUUAUCUAUUUUCUCUAUUAUCACUUGUGUUUUUGGUAUCUUAUCUAAGGAAGCAUCCAAUCUUAAUCUUAAUCUAAGAUAAUGCAUUCACUCCCUUGUUUUCUUCUGUAACUCUUAGCCUUGUGGCUCAGUUUAGCCUCUGAUUUCUGCCUUUCUGCAUAUCUACUCCUUACCUCAAUCAACACACAAAGGCUUGGCAAGUCCAACAGAGGAGCCUUCCUCUCAGAAAGGAAAGGAGGAAGAAAGAAGGUACCAAGCUCUCCUGAUGAAAUGUGUUCUGCCCCACUGGGCUCCGGGGGCAGUGUCUGGUGCUGUUGAUGCCCUUGUUCGAACUUUCCAGAAUGGAUAGUCCCCCAAAGCUGACUGGAGAGACCCUCAUCGUCCACCACAUCCCCCUGGUACACUGUCAAGUCCCAGACAGGCAGUGCUGUGGAGGGGCAAGUGCAGGUAAUGGGAGCGCAAGACCCAAUCCCUUCUGCCCACCUGAGCUGGGCAUCACCCAGCCUGAUCAAGACCUGGGACAAGCCGACUCCCUGCUAUACAACAGUCUGCAUUCUGCUCCCGGGGGAUCUGCGCGAUCUGCAGACAGCACCAGGAACAGGGGUCGGGAUGGAAGAGGCCCCGGGGCCCCUAAACGACACAAUCCCUUUUUGCUGCAAGAGGGUAUUGCUGAGCCAGGACUUGGUGACCUGUAUGAUGACAGCAUUGGUGAUAGUGCCACCCAGCAGUCCUUCCACCUGCACGGGGCUGGCCAGCCCCCCUUCCAUCCCUCCUCUUUCCAGCUGCCACCACCUGGCCCCAGAGUGGGCAGGCCAUGGGAGGCAACGCGUAGUCGGGCUGGAGUGGUGGACGGGCAGGAACAGGAGCCAGUGACUGCCUUGGAUGCCCAGCAGUGCAGCACUAGCCACAGCUGCCGGCCAGAGCCGGAAGCAGAGACCAUGGAGCUGGAUGAGUAUGGGGGCCCUGGUGGGUGUGGCAGUGGAGGUGGAGCCAGUGAUACGUCUGGCUUUUCCUUCGACCAGGAAUGGAAGCUCAGUUCAGAUGAAUCCCCAAGGAACCCCAGAUGCUCAGGCUCAGGACCCCAGCACUGCCGCUACAGUAGCACAUCCAGUCAGUCCGAGGCGGCUGACCAGUCCAUGGGCUAUGUGAGCGACUCCUCCUGCAACAGCUCAGACGGCGUGCUGGUCACCUUCAGCACCCUCUACAACAAGAUGCACGGCAACUCCCAUGCCAAUCUCAACUCUGCCCAGCAAUCUUGCAGCGACUCUUCCUUCUGCAGCCACUCAGACCCCAGCGCCUUCUACCUGGACCUGCAGCCCUCCCCAGCUGAGUCUAAGAUGUCUUGUGAGUCGCACCACCCUGACAGUGGAGGGAGGGAAGGUGGCUACGGUUGUCCUCAUGCCUCAUCUCCUGAGCUUGAUGCCAACUGCAACUCCUACCGCUCGCACUGUGAGCCCUGCCCAGCCGUGGCUGACCUCACAGCCUGCUUCCAGAGCCAGGCCCGUCUUGUUGUGGCCACACAGAAUUACUAUAAACUUGUCACCUGUGACCUGUCCUCCCAAUCAUCCCCAAGCCCAGCUGGCUCUUCCAUCACCAGCUGCUCAGAGGAACACACCAAGAUAAGUCCUGCACCGGGCCCUGGCCCUAGCCAGCCCUCUGAGUAUUUCCUGUUCCAGAAGCCAGAAGUCCAGCCAGAGGAACAAGAAGCAGUGGGCUCCGAAGCGGAAGCACCAGCUCCCGUGGGCCCCACUGUGAUCGAGGGGCAGGUGUACACCAAUACUUCACCCCCCAACCUCAGCACUGGACGUCAGCGCUCUCGAAGCUACGACCGCGGCCUAGAGCGCAGCCCUCCUAUCCGCCUGGGCUCACUGGAACGCAUGUUGAGUUGCCCAGUACGCCUGAGUGAGGGCCCUGCAGCCCUGACUGGGCCUAGUUCCCCACCUCGGCGGGUCACCUCCUUUGCUGAACUCGCCAAGGGCCGGAAGAAAGCUGCAGGCUCUGGCUCCCCUCCACUGCGAGUGAGCGCUGGGGACUCCUCCCAGGAGUUCUCACCCAUCCAGGAAGCCCAGCAAGACAGGGUGGGCCCACUAGAUGAGGGCAGUCACUGUAGCCAUAGCCUACCACCCAUGCUCUUGGGGCCAGGCCUGGACCUAGUUGGCCCAGAGCCCUGGUCCACCCAGGUCUGUCAGGGCCCCCAGCCCAGUGAGAUGCCACCUGCUGGCCUCAGAGCUUCUGGGCAAGGCCCCCUGGCCCAGCUGAUGGAUCCAGGGCCUGCUCUCCCAGGGAGCCCAGCCAGCAGCCAUACCCAGAGGGAUGCAAGAGCUAGAGCUGACGGUAAGGAACCUAAAGGCUGGUGAAUACCAGGGUGUGUGCAUGGCCUCCUCAGUAGUAGGGCCCUGCCCACCACCCCACGCAUACCACUAGAGGUUCCUCAGCCUAGAUCAAUGAUCUUUCCAGUCCAGAGCAUGUCCUACAGUUGUAAUAGGGGGAAGGAGGAUGGAGAAUAAAAAAUACACCAAGGAGAUAAAAUUAGCACAACUUAGAGAUUGAUGUAUCGGGAAAGGAAGUACUCAAAAGAUUGUGAUUCUAAGCCCGGAUGACUGGAAAGAUGUUGAUACAUGGUUAGGUGCUGCAAACACAGAAGUAGAUUUCCUGGAAAAGGAAUAAGGCAUGAGUUCCAUUUUGGACAUUAAGGAAUUUGCAGUGUUUAAGGGAAAUGUCCAACAGGCAAACCACCCUGGGUAUCAGUAAGUUCACUCUUUGAUCAGUGAUUGUAGCCACUCUUCAAAGAACCUGAGACCCUGACACUUAACCUUUAAGCCUCCCAGGCCAGCUCUUUCCCUAUUUACUUUAUUACACUUAAGUAAUUAUUUUUUAAAAGCUCUGUGUUAAGUGGGUGCUGGUGAUAGAUGAGAGGAACAAUCUCAGUCCUCAAGGAAUUCUGAUGAAGGGUGGAAACAGAAAAGGGAACAAAAUUAAAAUGUAGAGCUGGCAGUGUGUGGUACUAGUCUAUGACAGGGAUAGCUAAACAGACCAGAAUGUCAGAGGAGUGCUAAUACAGUUUACAUUUAAGCACAGUCUAGAAAAAGGAUUAGGAAUAGGCUUUGUGGAGACUCGUAAAAAGAACAUUCUAGGCCCAUACAGUAGUCUAUACAAAAUCACAAAGGCACAGAAUAUCUUGAUGCUUCCCAGAAACUGCAAAUAAUUUAGUAUAGCCAUAGUGGAAUGUGGAUGGAACCAUUAAAGGAUUUUAAUCAGGGAAGUGGCAUUUUUUGGUUUGUAACAGCAUAGUGGCAUGUUUUGAUUUGCAUUUUAGAAAGAUCACUGAUUGUUUGGGUGGAAGGUAGAUUAGAAAGGAUGUCUCCCUGGAGGUCAGGAGACCCCUGUGAUCAGAGAGUCAUUGGAAUAAAAAUAGUAGUUGAAGCUAUGAGUGGAUGAGAACAUCCAGGGAGAAUGUGUAGAGUUAUAAAGGGAAUGAUGGAUAGAGCCCUGGGGAUACAGUGACUUAAGGUUGAGCAGAGCAACCCUCAAAGGAGACUGAGCAAAAUUAGCCAAGAAAAUAGAGGGAAAACCAGGAGAGGGUGAAGUCACAGGAGCCAAAGGAGGAGAACGUUUCAAAAAGAGUUAGGCUCAACAAAUGAGUUCUGAAAAGAAAUCACUAGGAUUAAGGCUGAAGAAUCCCAAGAGCAGCAUUUGGGAGUGGCCAGGGUAGAAGCCAGAUCUCAGAAGGUUUGGAAGGAAAGGGGAGAUAAAGCAGGGGAAAGAUCGAUAAAGGGGAAUUGGCUGUCUGUAGCCUUAGGUUGGUCUGUUGGCUUCUCAAAGGAAAGGGGUUAAAAAAUCAUAAAUGGUGUUAUCUCUGCUGUUAGGGAGAUCACAGUCUAUCAGAAGACUUCACACUCCUAAACAUACACAGAGGAGGUGCCCUUGGGGAAGGGAUGC